AUGUUUAAUUUAUCCACUCCAUUAACUGAAAUUUUCGCCUCUUUAUAUGACUUCCUAAAAACCGCUUCUUCUGACAAAAUUACUAUUUCCAACAUAAUUACACAGCAGUGGAAUUGCUUCAAAGUUCAAACAGAAGAAGAUGAUCUUGAAUGCUUCAAAAAAAUUCUAAAAGAAACGGUCAGUCAAAUUAAUAAUGGAGAAC